CUUUAUUAAUUGUCAUGGCUUCCCCGGUUGGAGAUGGAGGGCUGCGGCCUCUCCAUAAAGCAAUGAAGCUGGCAAACCGUGCCAUAGAGCUGGAUACCGGGAACCAACAUAAGGAGGCCUACGUGGAAUACCUGAAAAGUGUGAGUUACAUUUCUCAUUGUCUCCUGGAAGAAGUUGAGCAGAAAGCUGACCGUGAAUUAUUGGCAUCGGAUUCCCAGAAGCUGCUGAAACUGGCAGGACAAUGUCUAGAGCGGGCACGGACAACCGCAGACAAACUGGGCACAACCAACCUGGAUAAUGUUUCACCUGCUACCCAUAUCUCCAACGUCCCUGAUCCACCUCCUCCUCCUCCUCCCCUUCCUCCCUCUGAGACCUCUAGCGUUGCCCCUGUUGUUUCCAAAUCUUUCCAUUUGCCGCGGGGACGUUCAUUUGGACACCGCAGGGCCUGCUCCGAUGAGGUACAGAAGCUCGGCCCUUUCCCGACACCAGAGAUUUUCCAAAAGUUACAGGCAAAUGAGGCUCGAAAACCUAAAAAGGCGCUCACACCUCUGGAAGAGGCUUCUUUACAGAACCAGAAGUUGAAGGCAUCCUUCGAGGCCCGGCUAUCAAGACUUAACCCAAACCAGGCCUCGCAGAAAACCUCACUGACACUUUCCCUCCAGCGUCAAAUAAUGGAAAAUGUGGUGAUUGCCAAGGCCAAAGAAGCAGCUCUGCAAAGGAAGGCCCAAGAGAGACGUAUAAGACUCCAGGAAGAAUCAUACAGGCUUUUCUCAAAGUCUUCAAAGUUGACUAAGGAGGAAGAGGAGCAAAGAGCCCUCCACUCUGCUAUUCUGGAAUUUGAUCAGGAUCAUGAGUGGUCAAGAACCUGCAGGAUUCAGCUGAAAUCCAACCCCAAGGACACUGACCUGUUCUCUACGUUCAUGUAUCAGAUUCUCAGCUAUUCUGAUCAUCCCAUUACCCAACUGGUUGGACGUUAUCAGUACCAGAUAUAUGAACGGCUAUACCCAGUCAUCAUCAUGAACGAAGACUCCCACCAAACAGAGAACUUUUCCAAACUUUGCCCCAGCUCUUUUCCAACUGAAGGUUUUCAUUUGCUAGAUUCGGACGUUCCACCUCUGAAAUCCUCCCUGAGUCUGCAGUUCAUCCCCAGCUCCCCAGCUCCUUCGCUCACACACAGCUUCUCUUCAGGAGAAAAGUUUGAGUUCCACGAACUCUCUGUGGGUAGCCACAAAGAAUCCGAGCACGGGGAGAGUGAAAUUGAGACCUCUUUUGAAGAUUUGGAAGAUUUUUUGCCACCCAAGGACAUGCUGAGGUUAUCACCGCAAGAACGCCUGCGUGCCAUGGUGAAGGAGAUCUGCAAUGCUAGAGAUGAGAUGCUGUCAUUGGUGAUUGUGUCUCUUGAUCUGUCUGACGUUCCCGACGUUCGGAGCUUGUGUAUAGUGUGCUUGGAUGAGAGCUUCUUCUCCCUGCUGUGGUCACCGAUAAUUGCUCUAUACAGACAGGUAUAUGGUCAACGAGAGGAAUCGAUGCUCAAGAAUAUGGAUUUAUAUGCCUCUUGUCAUCCAUCUGUGGUUGGAGUCUCCACGACUUUUUACCCCGAUGACAUCAAGGAGCCCUACAAACCUGUUGCAGAUGAGUUGGAUCGUUUGGUCGAUCUCCAUAAUCCCCAGAGAAAGAUUGAGUGUAUUGUGGCCGCCUUGCGUCUGAUCGUUAACCUUACAGAGAAGUACAGUCCAAAACAUAGCUCCUCUCCUAUUGGUGCCGAUGACCUGUUGGCUCUCUUGGUGUAUAUUUUGCUACGGUAUCGAAUGUCUCACCUGGUGUCUGAAUGUGCCGCGAUAGAAGAUUUUUUAAUGUACGGGUACAUACUUGGAGAGGAUGGAUACGGCCUUGUUUCAAUGUACACUGCACUGUCGUACCUGGAGCACUUGCAUAUACGUUUUCCAUUACCUGAGAAUGAAUGAUAAGGCAAUAUGUCUGUUACCACAAACUUUCUACUACUGAUCGGGUGUUGGAACAGGAACCUUGGGUUCCGCAUGUGAUAUAGGGAUGAAUGUAUUUUAAGAAGCACUUUAACUGUAAAUAAAUCGGACGUUACAAUCUGCUGACAUGACUCGUCUGCUUUCAUUACAGCCUGUCUGUGAAGGACCUGCUGUGUGUGAUCUGCUAGAGAUCAUAGCCAAUUGUAUCAUUAUGGGUGUUGUAGUCCAGGAGCCAUCUAACUAGUGUUAAGGUGUCUUUUUAAUGCUCGGAUUACCAUGUUUUUAUAUGUAAGUGUAUAUACAGGGUGGGGCAAAAUGGUUUUGCAUUUAAAAAUUUUAUUUUAUUUAAUCUUGCAUCAAUAAAUAAAUCUAAAUGUUA